AUGGCUCUCUUCAAAACCAAGUCCAGACGAGGAGAAAUGCCUGAGCCUAUCAAGUUUUACUUUAGCAUAAAGGCUUCGGCUGACGCUGUGGUGUACACGUGCUUAAAGUGCAAACAUACAUGUAUUCCAAGCAUGCAUCAAGCAAAUCUGAUGUGCAGCCCACAAAUUCAAACUGGCCGUCAAGCGCUGGGUGAAGGCACAUCCCGCGGUACGCCGCGUCAUUGUAAAGUUGAGCGCUAUAUGUACACAAGCGACGAGCCUCAGGGCAGCGGUUGCACUGUGAGAGCUGACUGA